AUGGAAGAGGCUGGUGCACCUGGCAGUUUGUCCUCAGUUGAAAACAGGGACAUGGAUGCUGUCUCAACUGCAGAACGAUCCAAUAAGCAGGCAUCAGAGGGACCAAGCAACCAAUCAGAGGGCUCAAUCAGUGGUAGCAGCAGCACCAACCAAUCAGAUAAAGACAUUCUGAGGAGAGUUCUACAGACUCACAAAGCCAGUCUGAAAAGAAGAUUUGAGAACAUAUCUGAAGGCAUCAACAAAGCAGGAGCUGAGACACUACUAAAAAAUGUAUACACAGAGCUCUACAUCAUAGAAGGUGAGAGUGAAGGGGUGAAUAAGGAGCAUGAGGUUUGGCAGAUAGAGUCAGCGUCUAGAGUGCAAGCCACAGACGAUACACCGAUUAACUGCAACGAUAUCUUCAAGCCUUUACCUGGACGAGAUGACAGCAUCAGAACUGUGAUGACCAAAGGUGUGGCUGGCAUUGGAAAAACAGUCUCUGUGCAGAAGUUCAUUAUUGAUUGGACGGAUGGACUAGCCAAUCAAGACGUGGACUUUAUUUUCCCCCUUCCUUUUCGUGAGCUGAAUUUGAUCAAGAAUGAUCAGUACAGUCUUCAUAGGCUCCUGCUUGACUUCCACCCUGAGUUGAGGGAGCUGAAGCAUGGUGACGACUACAAAGACUGUCAGGUCUUGGUCAUCUUUGAUGGGCUUGACGAGAUCCGGUCACCACUCAACUUCAAGGGGAACCCCAAGCUCUCUGACCUCAAUCAAACAACCUCAGUGGAUGUUCUGAUAACCAGUCUCAUUCAGGGCUGUCUCCUUCCAUCUGCUCUCAUCUGGAUAACCUCACGACCUGCAGUGGCUGGCCAAAUACCUCCUCAGUGUAUUAGUCUCAUGACAGAAGUCCGUGGAUUCACUAACCCUCAGAAGGAUGAAUACUUCAGGAAGAGAAUCAAAGAUGAAAGCUUAUCUGAACAAAUAAUUUCCCACAUUAAGGCGUCCCGGAGUGUCCAUAUCAUGUGCCACAUUCCAGUUUUUUGCUGGAUUGCAGCCAUUGUGCUUCAGCAAAUGCUAAAAAAGGGAAAGAACAAAUAUGUUCCGAAAACUCUGACAGAGAUGUUCAUACACUUCCUACUCAUCCAAACAACAAGAAUGGAUCAGAAAUAUCAUGGAGGAAGUAAAACUAGUCAGAAGGCACUCCUGGAAGUGCAAAGAGGAAUCAUAAUGAAACUUGCGGAGCUGGCUUUCAGGCAUUUGGAGAUUGGCAACGUCAUGUUUUACGAGGAAGACCUUAGAGAGUGUGGCAUCGAUGUCCAAGAAGCCUCAGUGUACUCUGGUCUGUGCACUGAGAUCUUCAAAGAGGAGUCCGUUUUUCACCAGAGGAAGGUGUACAGUUUUGUGCAUCUUAGCAUCCAGGAGUUUCUAGCGGCAGUAUAUGUGUUUAACACUUAUGCAAGUGGUUACCUUGAGUCACUGGGGUCCCUUCUGGGUGAGGAGGAUAAUCUGCAUGUGCUACUGAAGAGCGCAGUGAACAAAGCUUUGAAGAGCCAGAACGGACAUCUGGAUCUUUUCAUUCGCUUUCUCGUUGGCAUCUCUCUGCAGGGAAAUCAGAGGCUUUUGAAAGGUUUGCUACAGCAAGUCCACACCACAAACAGCAUGAGGGAGGUCGGCCGGUACAUCAAGAACCUCAACAGAGAAGAUCUCUCUCCUGACAGAUGCAUCAAUCUUUUUCACUGUUUAUUCGAAAUGGAUGAUCAAUCGAUGCACAAAGAAAUUCAGAAAUACAUGUCAUCGCCAGAGAAUUCAAAGCAGCGACAGCUGUCCCCAGCUCACUGUUCAGCACUGGCCCACAUGCUUCUGAUGUCUGAGGAGGUGCUGGAUGAGUUUGACCUGAAGAGCUACAGCACGUCUGAUGAGGGACGAAGGAGACUGCUCCCAGCCGUGAGAUGCUUCAAGAAUGCAAGACUCGCCAACUGCAGAUUUACAGAUCAAUCCUGUGACAUUUUGGCUUCGGUUCUGCAAUCUCCAAACUCCCUGACAGCAAUGGACCUGCAUGAGAGUACCUUGGGCGAUUCUGGUGUUCAGUUACUCUCCAGGGGACUGUCUAGUCCCCAAUGCAGACUGAAGAAACUAGGGUUAGCAGACUGUAAUCUCAGUGGUGAAUCUUGCAAGACUAUUGCUACUGUGCUACAGUCACCAACUGCCUUAGAGGACCUGGACAUGAGUGCAAAUGUUUUGGGAGAUAUAGGAAUUUUAAACCUGUGUAAGGGUCUUUCAAAUCUACAAUGCAGAUUGAAGACAUUGAGGCUUUGCAAAUGCCACAUCUCAGAUGAAGGUUUUGUUUGCCUGGUGCUCACUCUGAUGCUUAACCCCUCCUGUGUGGAGGAGCUGUAUGUGAGCAAUAACCAUCCUACUGGAUCAGCAGAGAAACUGCUGUCUGCCACCCUGAAGAAUCCUAGCCAUAAAGUUAAAGUACUUAGACUAGCUGGGCUCAAUCUCACAAGUGCAUCAUGUGAGCUUUUGGCCUCAGUUCUGCAAUCACCAAACUCACUGAAAGACAUCAACCUGAGCCAUAAUACCGUGGGGGAUUCUGGAGUCCAUCUUCUCUCCAAGGGACUAAGAAGUCCGCACUGCAGGCUGCUGAGUUUACGGUCUGUGGUCAGCAUUUUAUUACCUUCUGUCAUGUGUGAAAACAAUCCAUUGUAA